CGCGCUCAAACUUGCCAAUUUUCCUGUGUAAAUUAGGAGAAAAGGAAUCGACAGCACAUUUAAGUUCGUUGGGUAUUUAUAUUGGAAUUAUAUGAUAGAGAAAAACUAGAGAGUGUCUCUGAUCUUGGCAAUAAGACGCUAUUCCUGAGUGCGGCGAAUUUGGCAUGUGUUUGAGAAGCGGUAAGGCGUCGCGCGAUGAAGAAGCGAUCCGACACGUGGGCCGACAGAGCUGUCAUGGAACCGACGCAGUACAUUCAGCUCAGUGACUCCGAGAAUGAAGGCAAGACCGAGGCCCUCCUCCUGGGCGCUCAGAAAUCGACGAAAUUAGACCAGCUCUUUUUGCCAGGCGACGCCGGGAUAGCCGCUUUCUUCUACCUUCCCAGGCCCAUGGAGGAGAUAGGCCUCCGCGCGAGGGACGUGCUACGCAAACCUCUCCGGUUGCUGCAAAUGACCAAUCGCGCGGUGGGCGUGCUGCCCUACCGCUUCUGCGAGUCGCGUGGGAAGUACGAGAUGGCAUGGAAGAGCGUGCCCUGCGCCCAUACCCUCCUCACGGGCGUCUACAUGACCGCCCUCAUUCUGACGGCGGCCACCGGGAUCGCCAGGAGGAUCAUGGCCAACGACUUCUUCGGCGGAGGACCCGAAGUCAGGAAUGUGCAGGGCAUCAAGCUGAUGGGCAUCAUCCUGGUGGGGGGGAACCUGUUCAACGCCUGGUUCCAGGUCUUCUUCGUCCUGUACGUCAGCCCACGCUACUGCAGCCUCCUCAACAGCUGGAACGUCUUAGCAGAGGCCUCCGCCCUCGACCCGACGGCGGGGGUGCGGGCCGCCGUGUACAAGCUGGUGGGCUUCCUCGCCGUCUUCUGGCUCGUCGUCUUUCUCAUGACGGUCGCGGGGGAGCCCAAGAUCGUUUCCCAUGUGCUCGACGGCGUCGCUGAGACGCUCCUGCUGGUGCCGCCCUCCUGGCUCGCCCGCGCCGCGCCCACAGCCAAGGUCGUGCGGCUGUUGGUCUGCUUCGUAUGUCUACACAUCUUCGGCAUCUUCAAGGGAUCUUUGUUUUCCUUCACGACCAACUGCCAUAUGCUCAAGAACGGAUUCGCUGCCUGGAACAAGCAACUCGCUACUGGACUCGAAGAUAUCUGGCGACGGCAGGACAAGACGCGCGGCCGGCUGGGCCACCUUGUGCAGAGCCAUUGCCACCUGGUGUCGCUCGUGAGAGAAACCGAGGCUAUUUUUGGCCCCAUGUUGCAAUGCUACUACGCCUCCACUGUGGUGAUCCUGUGCACGGAGCUCUACCUGCUGGCGUAUCGCAUAGGCUCCAAGGACUACUCCGUCGACAGCGUGGUGACGACGGGCCUCCUGACACUGCAGACGGCGGCCGUGUUCGUGCAGGUGUCGCUGGCAGCCGGCGCCGUGGAGGAGGUGGCCAAUGACAGCGUGGAUGUACUGAGGCGAGGACUUCCCUAUAACACUUCCGAACGGGACAGGUUUAACAGGGAUGAACUGGUAACGGCGCUGACCGGCUCGCAGAUCUCCAUCACUGGAGGAAAGUUCUUUGUCAUCAACCGUCCGUUUAUUAUCACGGUCAUCAGCGCUGUGGUGACCUACUUCAUCGUCAUGAUCCAGUUCAUGCAGCCUGGCUUGGAGGCGGUUCAUGAGCAGCCUCUUGCUGGCGGCCUAAACAUCACUGUCGACAAUGCAACGACACUCGACAGCCUCGCCGACAGCCUGCUCUGAGGCGGCGAGGUCCAGGAUCCGCCUUUCGCUCAGCCCCGCGGCACUUGCACGCAAACUCACUCACUGGAUGUUCGACUUAUUUAGGAAUCGGGCGAUCUCUCUCUCGCUCUCUCUCUCUCUCUGUCUCUCAAAAUUAUGAGAAAUCUUGAGAUCUUGAAAUGUUUCUUACCUUUUAAGCUUUCAUUACUUUCUGAUUCUCUGUCACUCAGCUGUCUCGUCAUCAGUACUUCACAGAGUAUUUACUGUUAGUUUUUAUGUUAUUUUAUUACAGAGUGAUAUUCAUUAAUAACGUUUUCAUCAAUAACAUCCAUUGAACGUUAUAGAGAACUUUUUAUUUUAUUUUAGAGUCCUAACACCCACUAGAGGAGGGUGGAGGUGGAUAACUACUUUUGUAAUUGGCAGAAAACUCUAUAUUUUCUUGAUGGAAAGGGGGUUCAUUUUAAGGGGAGCAGGAUUCAUUAUUUGUGCAAAUGACUGCAGUUAAGGAAAUAAGUGCAGGAUGAUUUUUCAUGAGUGUUAACAGCGACUUAAUUAAAGGCACUUGGCGUUUCUUAAUGCCAAGAUUGCAAUUU